ACAAACAGUUGAAACACAUUUGCGCAUGAUCAACGACUUAAUGCAACAUUCCCCAAACUUACGGUAUUCCGCUAUUUUGAAUGUGCAUUGUUGUAACGAAGAUCAAUCACAGUGGAAAAAAGUGUGAACUAGCAGACAUAGAUGUCGGGCGUCAUCGAUUGUUAAAAUGUCAGGCAAACAAGUACGCAUAUUGCUUUGGUGUGUUCCACGCUCUGUCUCCACUGCCUUUGUAAUGAGUAUGGGAAACUUAGAUGACGUAAAAAUAAUCAAUGAGCCAUAUAUAAGUGCAUUCCGUGUAGGCCCUGAUAUUCAAGAUAGGAGUGAGGCUUACAAAGAAAUGACAGAGAACAUGCAAAAAAUAACCGCCGGUGUAGAAGUAAACUGCAAAAAUGCUUUGGAAUCCGGAGACUGUUCUUAUGAAUAUAUUAAAGAGAACAUACUAGAAGCAGAAUAUCCCGGUAAGAAGGUGGUCAUUGCAAAAGACAUGUCGUACGCUAUUAGUGAGCAGUUGCAUAUGCUUCCAAAAGGUUAUCGACAUGCGUUUCUGAUUCGUAACCCAGCAAAGGUAUUCCCAUCUUAUAAGAAACUCCUUGAUAGAUUUACACAGGCAGGGAAAGAAGCGUUUCUGGAGGUUGGGAAGAACAAGCUCGUUCCGGAAUACUAUGCAUUUGGAGAGAGUUGGAAGCUGUAUGAGUAUUUGACGAAAACCGGCAUCGAACCGAAACCAUUCGUUAUGGAUGCUGACGAUCUGUUGGAGAAUCCCGAAUACAUAUUACGACAGUUCUGUAGUUACGCUGGGAUCAAAUACACUGACAAACUGUUAGCAUGGGAUGGUGGUGAUGACGUCACUAAGCACUGGACAACAUCAAAAGCAAUGCUACAAAGGAAUAAAGUUACAAACUACCAUAAGAAAGCUUUUGAGAGUAAAGGAUUUGGAAAACCUUCCUUGACAACCCCAACAAGAUCCGAAAUGUCGGAAGAUGUAGUUCACUGUAUUGAUGAGAGUCAUCCGUUUUACGAAAAAUUAUACGAAUUGCGAACUAAAGUCAACAGGUCAACAGAAACAAAGAUAAAAUAGGCUACAGAUUGGCAAUGAUUAUGAAUGAAAACGAAUUUCUUUUAGGAAUCUUUUAUUAAACAUUACAGAAAAUAAGCAUGGCGUGUGAGCAAUUGAUUAUUUAGCUGAACCAUUUUUUUUCCAUAAAAUACCGGUACUGUACUAUAAUAAGGAACUUUCGUUUAAUGAACUAUGUUUUAAUACGAUUUUAUAACAUCGUGUUCCUGUAUAUUUGAGCACUGUAUUAUUAUCUAUUUCUGUCGCUACUGUACAUGCGCAAUAGCACUAUAGCAUCACGUGUUUAUAUUAGUUUAUCUGAUAACAGAAAUAAAACUAAGUAUAUGUUGAUCCCCACAACAGUACCGAUGCUGCAUAAAACGGAUUGCGUUAUAAAGAAUCUCCAAUGCAUUUUUUCUGGUACUCGGCACAUAACCAUAGUACCAGCCUCCUGCAGAUAUUAUAAUAACCAGGGAGUUGUUAACUCACUAACAGCAAACAGUACUGAAAGUCGCUGUCAUCCUCGAGAAAUUACAGUUAACUGCACUUUAAUUAGCUAUGUCCUAAAUAAAAGCUAGUUAUAUUGUUAAAUUUGAGAGUUGAGGGGGAGGGGUCUUUCAGAGUCGGGAAGGGGUGUCAGGAGGAAAUUUCCUCUCGUCGGCAAGCAUGAAACCCCCCCCCCCUUUUUUUUGGCCCUGAGUCUUCCACGCCACGGCGAAGUCAUCGGGCAUAUAAUAUUGCCGAUCCAAACAAGGCUGUCGUGAUUGCUAAGCCAAUCAAUUUUGGGCAGUCCAAAACCAUCCCAUGAACUCCACCACCCUUUUAUUGACCCUCUUUAAUAAUGAAUUGCCCGCUUUUUUGAACAUUCAAUACCGAUACAUUAUGCAGAAGACACAACACUCUAUUCUUCUGACCCCUAACUCGACAACGUAAAUGGCACACUUGGCCAAAGAUCUAAUAUCCCUUCAUAUGUUUCAUCACAAUAAAAUACAAAAAAAAAAAAAUACAUAAAUACAAAAAAAAAAAUAGAAAAAAAAUCAUAGAUUUAUCUAUGUAUAAAAUACUUAGAUAAAUCUAUGCCAAUAUUCAUCUGGACAAUACAAAAACUAAAACAAGUACCUUUUAUUCAACUUUCCACAACAAUUAUCCUACCAGUCAAACUACCGUAUCAUUAAUAAUUUCUUUGGAUUUGGAUAGUGACUAUUUGGAUUUUGCAUACAAAUGUCACGCUUAUUAGCUUAUGUGUUAUAAUUAUAGUAUUACUGUAUAUGUAUAACGUGUGCUGAGGCAUACAGUAUUUACAUAUUUUCUGAAGUAUUCAUUUUUAGUGACACAAGGAAUUAAGAU